GCGGACCAACCUGGACUACCAGCGUCGCUUUAGUCACGGUCGUUCGUUGGGAUAAUAUACGGCGUAUUUUUCAACAAUGUAAAGGAUAUAUCAAACAAAUCUUGGCGGAUAAACAAACAACGAGAAGAGGAACAGCGACGUAACAGCGUCAUUGCGAUAUCUUUCGACCAGGGACCUCCAGGGAGCAGGAAGGCCAGCUAGCCCCUCACCUCAGCAGGGGAGAUGUCUCCGGUUGGGACCAACAGUGACUGUCCACAUCUGGAGUGUGUGGGGGAGAUCACCAAGGAGGAGCUCAUCCAGAAAUCCCAUGGCCAGUGCCUGGACUGCAAAGUCAGCGGACCGAACUUGUGGGCUUGCUUGGAGAAUGGCUGCGCGUAUGUGGGCUGUGGGGAGUCCCAUGCUGACCACAGCACUGUCCACUCUCAGGACACGCGGCACAACCUGACCGUGAACCUCACCACCCUCCGCGUGUGGUGCUACGCCUGUGGGAAGGAGGUUUUCCUGGACCGGAAGCUGGGCCCCCGAUCACCAGCCCCCGCCAGCAAGCCCCAGUCCCCCGUGCAGCCCAGCGUCCAGGACGCCAGGGCCCCCGGGAGCCCCGCUGCUCUGAGGGUUCCCCCGGCGGCGGCCUGCGAUGACCUGGACACCGAGAUGGAGGAGGAGGACGAGCUGCGCACUCGAGGCCUGACGGGACUGAAGAACAUCGGGAACACGUGCUACAUGAACGCCGCCCUGCAGGCCCUCUCCAACUGCCCCCCUCUGACCCAGUUCUUCGUCGACUGUGGGGGUCUGGUGCGGACAGACAAGAAGCCGGCGCUCUGUAAGAGCUAUCAGAAGCUCGUGUCUGACCUGUGGCACAAGAACAGGCCUGGCUACGUCGUUCCCACAAACCUGUUCCAGGGAAUAAAAGCGGUCAACCCGAUGUUCCGUGGAUACUCGCAGCAGGACUCCCAGGAGUUCUUGCGCUGCCUGAUGGACCAGCUGCACGAGGAGCUGAAGGAGCCGCUGGCCGAGCCGGAUGACCACUCGCACGCCAUCACCAUCGACGACGGCGUGGAGGACGACAAGAGCCAGUCGGACAACGACUUCCAGUCGUGUGAGUCGUGCGGCAGCAGCGAUCGGGCGGACAGCGAGGUGCCCCGUCUUCCGGAGGACGCCAACGAGGCAGACAUGCUGAUCCCGGACGAGGCCCAGGCCAACCGCGACUGGCAGAAGGAGAAGAACCUCAUCAACAACCUGUACCGCGCCGGCUCCAACCAGGACCUGGACAAGGACAUCGACACGGCGGCCGACCCCUCGCCCGUCAUCAGCAGCCAGGGUGCCGUCAAGGUGCAGAUCCAGAGCCGGCUGUCGGACUGCUACCCAGAUGUCCAGGUCACGAGCACCUCCAGGCCUCACAGCCCCACCCCCAACGACGGGGUCAUCUCCAAACUGUCCAGCAGCCCGCCCAAAGCCCCGCCCACCUGGCCAGGCAUCAGCUCCUCUCACAAGAAAGUGACCGCCUUCCCGCCGCCCAAGAACAAGGUGCAGCGGAGGUACCGCAGCGUCAUCUCCGACGUGUUCGACGGCACCAUCGUCAGCUCCGUCCAGUGCCUGACGUGCGACCGGGUAUCUGUCACCCUGGAGACCUUCCAGGACAUCUCCCUGCCCAUCCCCGGCAAGGAGGACCUGGCCAAGCUGCACUCCUCCUCUCACCAGACCGCCCUGGUGAAGGCCGGGUCCUGCGGGGAGGCCUACGCGCCCCAGGGCUGGAUCGCCUUCGUCAUGGAGUACAUCAAGAGCUGGUUCUGGGGGCCGGUGGUCACGCUGCAGGACUGCCUAGCUGCUUUCUUUGCCAGAGAUGAACUGAAGGGGGAUAACAUGUACAGCUGUGAGAAAUGCAAGAAGUUGCGGAAUGGAGUUAAAUUUUGCAAAGUGCAGAGUCUCCCAGAGAUCCUGUGCAUUCACUUGAAGAGGUUCAGGCACGAGCUCAUGUUCUCCACCAAGAUUGGCACACACGUUUCCUUCCCCCUGGGCGGUCUCGACCUGCAGCCCUUCCUGGCCAAGGACAGCUCCGCCCAGACCACCACUUACGACCUGCUGUCCGUCAUCUGUCACCACGGCACUGCCAGCAGUGGCCAUUACAUCGCGUACUGCAGGAACGACCUGAACAACCUGUGGUAUGAGUUUGACGACCAGAGCGUGACAGAGGUUGCCGAGUCCUGUGUCCAGAACGCCGAGGCCUACGUGCUCUUCUACAAGAAGAGUAACGAGGAGGCCCAGAAGGAGAGGCGCAGGGUCUCCAGCCUGCUCAACAUGAUGGAGCCCAGCCUGCUGCAGUUCUACAUCUCUCGCCAGUGGCUCAACAAGUUCAAGACCUUCGCAGAACCUGGGCCCAUCUCCAACUACGACUUCCUGUGCUCUCAUGGAGGUGUACCGCCGCACAAAGCGACGUACAUUGACGAUCUGGUUUUGAUGCUUCCCCAGAACGUGUGGGACCAUCUGUACAGCAGGUAUGGAGGAGGACCGGCUGUCAACCACCUGUACGUUUGCCACACCUGUCAGACGGAGAUCGAGAAGCUGGAGAAAAGGCGGAAGGCUGAGCUGGACAUGUUUGUUCGGCUGAACAAGGCCUUCCAGGAGGAGGAGUCCCCAGUGGUCAUAUACUGCAUCAGUAUGCAGUGGUUCCGAGAGUGGGAGGGCUUUGUCAAGGGCAAAGACAACGAUCCUCCUGGGCCAAUUGACAACACGAAGAUUGCUGUUAACAAGAAUGGACACAUUACACUCAAGCAAGGGGCUGAUUCGGGACAGAUCUCGGAGGAAACGUGGAACUUUUUGCACUCGAUCCACGGGGGAGGCCCGGUGGUGACCAUGCGACCCAACGUCGGGCACCAGGAGCCUGAGGUCUCCCAGUCGGAGGAGAAGAUUGAGGUGGAGACCCGCACGGUGUAGCUCCCCCGUCAGAGAGCCAGAACGGAAACCCUUUUAUUUUGCACUUGACUAUUUAUAAUGCUUUUGAGCAACACGGAAUCCCCACCACCCUUCUCUUUUUUUUUUUUUUUCUUAAAACAGUUUUCACAACUGAUGGAAGGCAUAACUACAUCACUCAAGAAGCACUUUGUAUAUAUCCUAAAUUUCUAUCCUAAAAUCACCACAGAGGACCACAAUGAGUGUGAUAAAACCCAUCGAUUUAACUUGUGCAGCUGAAGAUGUUACUGAAUGCAAUGUUGUCCUUUUGCAGACCAGAUGAAGCAAAUGUCAACUUGUGUAACUUGAGUACUGAAUACAGUAGAGAAUAACAAUACCUUUUAGAUACUGGAGAGGUGACCCUCCUGUUUUUAAAGUAUUGUCUGAAUGGUUAAACAUAAGCAGCUCUGAUGUUUUUGUUCCAAAAUGAAUCAAAAUCCAGUGGUUAUCAAGGGAUACUAAGUACUAAGUAGUCUCAGGAAGGAACUGUAUUUUGCACUGUACUGUAGACUAAAAAGCAGCAUGCUCACAUGACCGAUGCCUGAUUCCUUUCUGAAUGUACCAGUACUAAAAGUUUGUAAGUCGAGUCCCUCCGUUUGUUUCAUUAUUUAUCCCAAAAGGGUUCAGUUUAAUAUGGUGUUUAUAGAUUUUUUUGUAGGAAUGUCUGGCAGCCAGUGGACCUUUGGGAAGCAUGCUUAGGGAAAAGCUGUGUGCACAGGAGAAAGUUGAAUAUGAAUUUGAGUCCUCACUUCCAAGACAUUUUGGGGGACCUACACUGAUAUGCAUGUAAAUGCAGCUAGCUUACAGCAAAAUGUACUCUUGGGCAACUGUGUAACUGUCUUUGUCUGUGAAACUAUAUGUACAUAAUACAUAAUGAUUCUCUCCAGAUUCAACCAUUUUCAUUGUAACUAUCUCAAGAAAAGGCAUUUUAUGUAUAUGGGCAUGAUGUUUCUUCAAUGUUAAGAGAUGGUAAAGACAAUGUGAUGAAUGCUAUAAUUGUAAUGGGGAAAAUACAAGUGAAUGCUUCAGAAGUUAUAAAUACAGUCUGUUCUGUUUUAGCUGGCUGACACUAUUAAACCUUAAUCGGAUCUGAAAACAGUUUGAGCAAAUAUGUACUCUUCAAAUGACUGUACACCUUAAAUCUCCUAAUUUAAUCCUGGAAUACUUUGUGUAAGUAUGAGGUGUGAUGACUCUUCUGUUGCAAAUAAAUUGCUGGAAACCAUCUAAAAGCCAAACGCCACCACAGACCACUGCAUCUUAAAUAUGUCUGUGUCCACACUUUCUCUCAUUUUCACUUUAGGAGUAUGUAUGUACUGAAUGUGUCGCUAUGCUGAAAUUAAAUGUUGUUUAUCCUCUGUCUUUUGAUUGUUAGCGGCACUGUCCGUUCCUUUUCAUCAUAAAACAAAUUGUUUGUCUGGUCUGUUCUCUCACCCUGACACAUGUCAUAUAUUUGGGAGCAGCUUGGUGUGUCACGUGGAGAGAUAUGUUACUGUGAGGUGCAGCAUUGUGACAACGCAGGGAUGUGUCCUCUAGUGUCAUACUGUUGACAACAGUGCACAUAACGGUUCUGUCUAAACUUCGGUAAUCCCGCCAUUUGUUUGUUAUAGGAUGACAGCCUUAUAUCUGUUCAUCGGAUCAUGGAGAGGAGGAUGUAACCACAGCAGCAUAUAGCAGUUGUCAGAGUGUUGACAGAUCUCUUCUGCUAUAAUGAUGGAUAAGUGCAUUUUUGUGAUUUUUUUUUUCGUGCAAUAGAAUGCGGAUAGAAAGAAGGUGAAAACUGAAAGCAGACCGCCACCUCAUAAACUUGAUAAUUGUGAGAUUAAGGUUAUUGCAAGGGUGUCAUCACGGACAAACUGCAUUAGAUAAUUUAAUAUGGCAAGUACUGCUUCAAGAACCUAACAGGAAUCUCUCAACAGCAGAGGAUAUAGGAAUUCAUCGAAUAACAUCUUCAUUCUGUAAAAAUAUUUCCUCAACAAAACAAAAGGCAACA